GUGAGCAGCAGUGUCUCAUUGGCCCUGUAUUGAUCAGCGAUCGUGAUGGCUAAGUGGGGUGAAGGAGACCCUCGAUGGAUAGUAGAGGAAAGAGCUGACGCCACCAACGUCAACAACUGGCAUUGGAUGGAGCGAGAUGUGUCCUCCUGGUCCUCAGAGUGCCUCCAUCAGUUGCUACUCGGUGUGCGGGUGGAGGGACCUGAGGGUGUCUGUCAGCUGACCGAAGUCACUAAGCUGGAGGGAGAAGCUUCCAUCAAUAACCGCAAAGGGAAGCUCUUCUACUUCUAUGAGUGGCAGCUGAGACUCAGGUGGCUGGGGAUGUCCUGCAGGGGAGUGAAGUUCAGAGGAACUAUUGAUGUGUCCAACCUGUCUGAUGAGAAUGACGAGGACGACCUGGAUAUCUGCAUGGCUCUCUGUAAGGAUCAGCCCAACACACCUCUCCUGGACCUCAUGAAGACGUCCGGCGUCCAAGAGGUUCGCAGGGUUCUGGGCGAGUAUGUCCGGCGGCUCAAAUCAGAAGAUCAGUCAGUGACUAUCAAAGUCUUUUAG